CACAAGUCGACUCGAAAACUCCGAAUGCAUCGCCUCACCGAAAUUGGACCCUUUGAAGAUUCCUGAGGCAAGUCUACAGUAUUUCGCUGGAUUGUCGAGCCUGUCUCCGGAAAGCACAGCCCGUCGAUAGUCGUGCCCCUAAGCGCCGGCAUGCGCCAUUGCGACAACAUAUGAUGAAAAGAGCCUGAAAUUGCUGUGCUACUUGACGUAGCGAUUGAGCUAGCUGAACACUGGCGAUGCACCCAGGAUGGGGUCAGGAGGAUCGGGGCGCAUAUACCACCGUUGCGCAGACCGAAGAUGCAAGCGCGGAAUUAGCAGCGCACGGGAAGGAGAUCCAAAAUGGUGCGCCUAGUCUUGCAAAUGGUCACAGCAACGGGCAAAUUGGCUCCUCUUCGGGUCCAGAUCCAUACGAUGACACACCAACAGCAGAAGAUUACGCAUUGCUACCUAAAGUGGCCGACAAACUUCCCUGGGGAGCCUUCCUUGUUGCCAUUGUGGAACUCUGCGAGCGUUUCGCAUACUAUGGUCUCUCUGGUCCCUUUCAGAAUUACAUGGCGAAUGAAUACAAUGACCCGAAUGGCCUCCCAGGAGCCCUAGGCCUGAAGCAAUCCCGCGCAACCGCGCUCUCAAAUUUCUUUCAGUUUUGGUGCUACAUUACUCCAACCCUGGGUGCGAUCGUUGCAGAUCAGUACCUUGGAAAGUAUCUGACCAUCAAAUACUUUUCGGUACUAUACAUGCUUGGAAUAGUAAUAUUAUUCGUCACAAGCUUGCCCUAUUCCAUUGAGCAUGGGGGUGCAUUCCCAGGACUCAUCACCGCCAUGGUCAUCAUUGGACUUGGCACAGGGGGGAUCAAGAGCAAUGUCUCCCCGCUCAUUGCGGAGCAAGUACAGUCUACAAAACCUUUCAUAAGGCAUCUUCCAAGCGGCAAGCGCGUUAUUGUGGACCCGGAAGUCACGGUGCAGCGGAUCUACAUGAUCUUUUACAUGUGUAUCAACGUUGGAUCUAUAUCUGCGAUUGCCACUACAACACUUGAGCUGCACGUUGGCUUCUGGGCCGCGUUUCUCCUGCCACUGCUCAUGUUUGUUGUGGGAUUUUGGGUCCUCGUAUCAGGGCGCAAGACAUAUGUAAUCAAACCGCCACAGGGAGGCGUAAUAAAGAACUGUCUCAAAGCCCUUUGGAUCGCUGCCCGGAACCGCUUCGACCUUGACAGUGCGAAGCCGUCACUCCAAGGACCCGGCCAACAGAGGCAUCGCAUAACCUGGGAUGAUAGGUUCAUCGAUGAGCUCAAGACUGCAUUAGUGGCUUGCAAAGUUUUUCUCUUCUUUCCGAUCUACUGGCUCGCAUUCUCGCAAAUGAUGAACAAUUUCGUUUCCCAAGCGGGCCAGAUGCAACUCCACGGCCUCCCAAACGACAUCCUCCCAAACAUCGACCCCGUAACCCUCAUCGUUCUAAUCCCUAUCGUCGACCGCCUCGUCUACCCCUUCAUCCGCACGCGCCUCCACCUCGCCCUCACACCCAUCACGCGUAUAACCUGGGGCUUCCUUAUCGCCUCGCUCAGUAUGGCGUACGCCGCUGUGUUGCAAUCACGCAUCUACGCCGCCGCACCCUGCUACUCCAGCCCCUCCAACUGCGACGCCGGAAAGAUCAGCGAGGGCAAAUACGAACCGAACCAAGUCCAUGUCGCAUGGCAGGCCCCCGCGUACGUCCUCAUCGCGCUGAGCGAGAUCCUGGCCAGUAUCACCGGGCUGGAGCUCGCGUACGCGAAGGCGCCCGAGAACAUGAAGAGUUUCAUCAUGAGCCUGUUCUUGCUGACCAGCGCGGCGGGGAGCGCGCUGGGCAUCUUUAUUGCGCCGUUUGGGACGGAUCCGCAUUUGGUGUGGUUUUAUGGGGGGCUGGCGGUUGCGGCUGGGGCUACGGGUGGGGUGUUCCACUGGAUGUUUAGGGGGGUGGAUCGGGGAGUGGAUGGGAGGAGGAAGGGGGUAAGUGUGGAGAGUGCGGAGGAGGAGAUUGAGUUGUUGGAAAGGGAGAGUGGGGAGUAUCGGGAGGCGGCUGAGGCGCGGUUGUAGGCUUGUUGUUUCUGCCUGCGAGGUACAGCUAUCAUAAAUUUAGGAACCAGGUCCGCCAGCCGAGGUGUAACACUCGUGUGUCUGUAUGGGCGAACUGUGCGAUUCACCGAGACGCUAGAAGGCAAGAUGGCGCUAGAUACUCGACGUUCAGAUGCCUUGCACAACGCUGCGAAACGAUCAAACGCUCGAACGUGCCGCCCGACUCAAAACGAACGCACAGUCAUACAACAUUGUUCUCAGAACAGUGGGCGAUUCGAAACAGCGGGCGUCGCUUCGCAC